AUGAAUUCAGACUCCAACCCAGACAAACCACCUACACAAGACGACCUCACCGAGCUCAAGUCGAACACUACCAAACUCAUCAAUCUCGCCAUCACCCAUGAUAUCCUCCGAUUCGGUAACUUCACCCUCAAAUCUGGUCGUUCCUCGCCUUAUUUCUACAACGCAGGCUUAUAUAAUUCAGGAUUGCUACUCAAUGCUAUCGGUCUCUCCUAUGCCAUGAAGAUCAUGUCACUCAAAUCUGUCCUUCAAUUCGAUGUUCUGUUUGGUCCUGCCUACAAGGGUAUUCCGCUUGCGACGAUCACAGCCGUAGAAUUAGCUCGACUUGACCCACUUACAUAUGGAUCUGUGGGUGUGGCUUACAACCGAAAAGAAGCCAAAACUCAUGGUGAAGGUGGUCAAAUAGUCGGAGUUCCCCUCAAGAACAAACGUGUUCUCAUCCUGGAUGACGUGAUCACUGCUGGUACCGCCAUACGACAGUCCAUCGAUCUGAUUAAAGAGAAUGAGGGUAGCUUUGUGGGCGUUGUGGUUAAUUUGGAUCGACAAGAAAAGGCACCAGAUUCCGAGAUGAGCGCUAUUCAACUUCUUGAAGCCGAACAUGGUGUCGGAGUCUAUCCGGUUAUCAAUCUGACUGACAUCAUCGAAGCCAUGAAGUCUACGGGAGGUCUAGAAGAACACCUUGAGUCAAUGGAAGCAUACCGAAAAAAGUGGGGGAUCGAUCAAAAUUAA